AUGCGAAGCAGGGCGAGCUUUCGAAGACUCCGACGCGAGACCAUAGACAGCUCAAGAGAUUUUGUUCAUGAUGCUUAUAACACCGGAAGCAUGGUGGCCAUACAGGAUCUGGUUGAGAAGGCGAGACACGCGUCCGAGGAGGUGCAGAAAGGUAUCAUCCGCGCAGGCUUGCAGCGCCACCUGUAUCCAUUUGAGCCUCGUCAGAAGCAGAUAGAUGCAAUAUGGCAUUUGGUAUUCAAGAAGGAAGACCUCCUCCUUGCAGCCAAGACAUCUUUCGGCAAGAGUGUCGUAUUCCAGGCCGCACCGUUGUUUUGUCGUGGCGGUAUUGGCCUUAUCAUCAUCCCUCUAGAUCGAAUCGGACAGGAGCAGUGCAUUAAGAUCCAAAGACUCUCGGGAGCGAGAUCCGUAUUUAUCAAUGGCGGGACAGACAAGACUGACGUAUUGGCUCAGGAGAUCGAGACCGGCGUGUAUACUCAUCUCAUCAUGGGCCCAGAGAUCGCGGCAGGUUGGUUUCGGUCAAUAGCAAGCAGCCCAUCCUUCAAAAAGCGCGUCUCAGUCGUGGCUGUGGAUGAACUCCAUUUGGUGGCACUAUGGGGAAGUGGUAUCCGUCCACAGUACGCACAACUCUCUCUCCUCCGCAGAAGACUAGGAGCGCGCAUUCCUUGGUUUGGCUGUUCUGCUACGCUGGACCAGACAACAUUGGAUACUGCGAGGGAAAUGACAGGCUUCCAGGCCAGCUGCGAGUUCUUUCGAACCUCUGUCGACAGGCCGGAGAUCAAGCUGAUCGUGGAGGCUAUUGAGCCGCGAACAACGAAAAGGUUCACUAGUCUCUUCUUCGUUCUGCAGAACGCCAUGACGAACGAGUUGCCAACGCCGGAGAAGAUUCCGAAAACGGUAGUUUUCAUAGAUUCACGACGUGAUAUCCAAAAAUGCGCAGAAUGUUUACGAGACUGGUUGUGCAGACUGUCGGCAGGGGCCAUCAGAGACCGCGACUGCAGAGAGAUCAUCCGGGUCUAUCACUCACACACUACUCUGAAUGAUAAGGAUGCCCUGUAUAACGAGUUCUCCAAAGCGGAUUCCAAAAUUCGAAUUAUGGUUGCGACAGAGUCACUAGGAACUGGAGUGGAUCUUUCGGAUGUCAUACGAGUCGUCCAAUAUGGCUUCCCUCUGGAGAGGCUCUUAUGCGUUCUUAUCCAACGGUUUGGUCGUGCAGCUAGAAAGGCCGGCAUCAAGGGAGAGGCUAUCUUCCUUGUGGAAAGCUGGGCUGUAGGCGAUAGGAUCGCGUCGACAAGAGCAGCGUUCUCCAGAAGUCAGAUGCCGCCGUCUUUGAGACGGCCUUCUUGCACAAGCCGGUUAGCUCAACCCUGCCCCGUAGAGCCAGAAGUGGACGGCGAUGUUCCAGACGACGAAUUUGACGUUGUUGUAGACGUCAUUGACGUCCCAGAAGAGCAACGUGGACGCGAGACAGAGAGGGAGCGGCGAACAGACCUGUACAAUGACUGCCCCGCGCUGUACAAUUUUGUCAACCGAUCCGCUUGCCUCCGCCGAAUCCUAAUGGAUUGGUUGCAGGAGGGUUUAUCAGACCCAACGUCCAGGUUGCCACCCCCUGGGCUAGACGAGUGUUGUAACGUUUGCAAUCCUACCCUGAUGCGGAGAGUACCUUUCCCAUGGGAUAUUGCUCGCAGUCUUCGGAAGCCCCACGCUGGAACAGCAUCAGUCGCAUUUUAUAACCGCCUAGUUCUCUGGGGAAAUAACGUUGUCAAUUCGGCACAUCAAACGGCGAAACCCGAGCUCUCUGUGAGGCUUUUCACUCAGAAGAGUGAGUGGGUAUCAUUGUCGACAGAAUAUGCUUACAUCCACACGGCGGCUGAGUUAGAGGAGUUUGUUAAAUCGAAUUGGUUGAGAGACCAUUCCGAUGAACUCUUUGAAGAAUUCAAUGAUAUCAAGUCCUACGUGGUGAAGAACUGGCCCGGAGGUAGCAGGCCACGAAUGUUAGAAACUUCAGGUCCAGUUUCAGUUGAAUAUCAAGAAUUCUACAAGGGUCCAAAACGGAGAGAGUCACUAGAAAGGGAAGCUCCAGUCGCAAUUGAGCAUCCCACGUCUCGAGAGAAAACCGCGCGCUUCUUGCGUGAGAGAAAUGAGUACAUUUCCACGUUAGAGGGAAGUGUUGCUCGCGCGAGAGAGAAUGCAGCAUCACGUUCUCUCUGUUCGCCUGGCCGGGCGUCAUUAGAAAGGCAGCCCGUGAUUACCACUGAGCAACAGUCUCCACAAGCAGCGUUGCUCGAGAGACAAGUUCCUCCUACCACAAAGCAGACGGUGUCCAAACGAAGAGAGCCGCGAGUAAGAAGAGUAUCGAACGAAGUGGAGAUUCCGAUGACUCCUUAUCAAGGACGAAGAGCGUCAUUCUUGCGCGAGCGAGAAGAGUUCGCUUCCUCGCUGCAGAGAAUCAUCGCCAAGGCAAGAGAGAACUCGGCCUCAUGCUCUUCCUAUCCAUCUACCCCGACAAUGGUCCCAGCACCAGCCAACACGCCAUGCACAUCCAUCAGCGGGUUGAUGACAUCGACAAACGUAACCUCUUCUGCUGCCAUAUCUAAUGUUUUCGAAGAUAGUGAAAAUGAGGUGCCCGGCGUGCUCGAUGGCAAUCGGUUGUUGAAACGUCCCUCCUCGAGUCGAGGUAGUAAUGGCUGA